GCGCCGUGGAAGGGACCUGCCCAACGACAGCCAUGAUGCUGAUUGCCCUCGCGACAGUUGCGGUCAGCUCCGAAGGCGUCCGAUCGGUGCUGGAAGAAAUCUUUGCGUGGCUCGUGCAAGUGCUCGUGGACAACACGCAGGAAUUCUUCUGGGGCUUGCUGCUCAUGACUUGUUUUUGCCUCCUGAGCUACAUCAUGGAACCGGAGAAACCCAAAGAGCACCUCCGCGAUAUGGCUGGUGGAAGUAACUCUUCGAACAAACCACGAUGGGAAGUAUUCCGCGUGACCAACUAUUUUGUGAGCGCGUUGUUCGUGGUGUCGUUGUCGCUCUUGAUCUCGCAUCAAAACACCCACCACUCCAUUGACACCAGCACCACGUCCAAGUCGAUAUCAACCAUGUCAUCGAACCCAAUGGUGUUCUAUGCGGCAUCAUGCGGAUGUAUCAUGUCGCUGACGUACUUUUUCGCGUUUUUUGCUGUUGGAUUCGUGUCCAACCAAAUGCAUGAAGACUCAUCUGAAGACGAAAAGGAAGUGGACGACGCCAAGUGGAAGGACGUAAAGAAGCAAGCAAAGUCUUCCAAUGUCGCAGCCCCGUGCCAGCCCCCCAUGAAACCUAUCGCGCCUACAAAACCUGUUGCCGCCAGUUUGGUUCCACUUGAUGCUGACGAUAAAGCAAUCCUGACGAAGCUCACCACGAAGAAUCCGACCACCGGUCGCCCUCUCCUUGCCCUGCAUGACUUGGAAAAGACGCUACAAGACUACGAGCGAGCUGUCCGCAUUCGUCGUCACUACUUUGAAGCUCAAAGCAACCUUGACUUCACGCAUCUCCCCAUUGAGGGCUACGACUACAGCAAGAUCUACGGAAGCAACUGUGAGGUGGUUGUGGGCUAUGUGCCCAUGCCGGUCGGGUUAGCUGGCCCCAUCCGCGUGAAUGGAGACAUGGUGUACUUGCCCAUGGCAACCACGGAAGGUUGCUUGAUCGCCAGUACCAAUCGCGGAUGCAAGGUGUUGAGCAUGGAUCCUCGUGGUGUCGAAGCGAUAAUCUUGGGGGAUGCUAUUACUCGUGCUCCAUGUGUCCGCUUCGAACGUGCGGCGGAUGCUGCGGCCCUCAAAGCAUUCUUGGACGACAAGACCAACUUCGAUGCGCUCGCGAGUGAAUUCAACUCCACGACUCGUUACGGCCGCAUGACCAGCGUUAAGACUAUUCAGUCGGGUCGGAACUGCUACAUUCGCCUCGCGUGCAAUGCAGGCAACGCUAUGGGGAUGAAUAUGGUGUCCAAAGGCACGCUGGCUGUCCUCGCCUACCUCAAGACUUUGUUCCCGUCGAUGGAUCUGAUUGCGAUCUCGGGCAAUGUGUGCACGGACAAAAAAAGCGCCGCCAUUAAUUGGAUCGACGGACGCGGCAAGUCGGUGGUGGCCGAUGCUGUCGUCAAGGCGAGUGUUGUGGAAUCGAUAUUAAAGACGACCGUCGACGCACUCGUUGACUUGAAUAUUCAAAAGAACUUUGUCGGCUCUGCCAUGGCUGGUUCGCUUGGCGGGUUCAACGCGCACGCGGCCAACAUCCUCACUGCCAUAUACCUUGCCACGGGCCAAGAUCCUGCGCAGAACGUGGAAUCGUCCAGUUGCAUGACCAACAUGGAGAAAACUGCCAACGGUGAUCUGUACUUGAGUGUGACCAUGCCGUCGAUGGAGGUGGGCACGGUCGGUGGUGGUACGCACUUGGCGCCUCAGCAAGCGUGCCUUGGCCUUAUGGGCUGCGCACCGCACCAGAUCCACGAAGUGGGCGAGUCUGGUGCCCGCCGCCUCGCGUGCGCGAUAGCCGCGGGGGUCAUGGCCGGCGAGUUGUCUCUUCUCGCGGCACUCGCGACGAACGAACUGGUCAAGAGCCACAUGGAUUUGAACCGCAAAAAGUAGACGCUGUAAUAAUAUAUUGUUGCAUUUUGGAAUUUUCG